UCCUCCCCCUCUGAUAUUCCGCAAUAAUUUAAAUACGCAAUCUUUCUUUCUCUAACGAAGAAAUCAAGCAGAGAAAUAAAAGAAAAUAAAGAUGCAGAUCUUUGUUAAGACCUUGACUGGAAAAACCAUCACUCUUGAGGUUGAGAGCAGUGACACCAUUGACAAUGUCAAAUCCAAGAUUCAGGAUAAGGAAGGCAUCCCUCCAGACCAGCAGAGGUUGAUUUUUGCUGGUAAGCAAUUGGAAGAUGGCCGGACACUUGCUGAUUAUAACAUUCAGAAGGAGUCAACACUUCACUUGGUUUUGAGGCUGAGAGGAGGAACUAUGAUCAAAGUCAAGACUCUCACUGGAAAAGAAAUUGAGAUUGACAUUGAACCUACUGAUACUAUUGAUCGUGUUAAGGAACGCGUUGAGGAGAAGGAAGGAAUUCCACCUGUGCAACAAAGGCUUAUUUAUGCUGGGAAGCAGCUUGGUGAUGACAAGACUGCUCGAGACUACAAUAUUGAGGGUGGCUCUGUGCUUCAUCUUGUGCUUGCCCUCAGGGGCGGUUUUUGCUUGUAUCAUUAGGAAAAUCUACUUACUGAGACUUCGUCUGCGAUUUGUGGAUUAAUUUUAUGGAUUGUUUUCUCAUUUACCUUACGUUGACUUGUUUUAUUUCUACUAUUAUAUGCCUUAGGCUAAUAAUACAUAAUCUCCUGAAUUUUU